CCUACCGCAGGAAGCGCGGUUGAAUCAUCGAGCGCGCCUCCGUCGGAUCUCCUCUUCCUGCCGUCACACCCACUGCUCGGUGUUGUGGGUUCGCCCCGUAGAGAAGGGGAGGACCGACGGCACACACAGCAGCAGAGAGUGCUGCAGUGCGAGCGCAGCGGGGGACUCGGAAGCGGAGGGGGAAAAAACACACACACACACACACACACACACACACACACACACACACACACACACACACACACACACACACACACACACACACACACACACACAUCAUCAGCAGCAGCCUUAUUGCCGAAACUUGGUCUAAGGAGAGAUCUGCAGCGACGCCGUAGCGACACAGGCCGGCAUGGAAGAGUAUUUGCGGAGGGUCCAGAGCAGACUCGGGGCAUUAGAGGAUCCCAUCCAUGCUGUUCUAGGUGGACCGGAGCCAGAUGUUGACACUGUGGCUGCGACACUGUGCAUAGCACUACACCUCAGCCAGAAGGAAACGUCAGGUAGGGUGUGUGUGCCAGUGCUGUGCCGCCGGCGAUGUGACGUUAAGUUGCCCGGGGAGACGGUGAGGUAUCUGCGGAAGGUGAAAAUUUGUGAGAGCUCGCUGCUGUGGAGAGAGGAUGUAGACCUUGUGAAGCUUCAUCACAUCGGAAAACUCUCCCUCACACUGUUGAGAGAUGGACUGCUAGAUAGCUCUGAGUACCACACCUUGGAGUCCAGCAUCCUGCGAGUGGUCCAUCAUGACGGGCAGCAGGACGCAGGGGAUGAUGGGGCAUCGUCCGUGGUGACGACAGUUGCCGGGGAGAUUCUUCAAGAGGCAGCAGAGCACAUCAGAGCAGCGCUGGGGGAGACUCUCGGAGAGGCCUUGCAACUGCAAAGUGAAGCUUUGUGGAUCAAACAUGGCCGUCAGUCAGCACAACUGGAGGAGCUCAUGAGAUCCUUGGAGCAUUGGAGUGAUGUCACUGCAGGUCAACAUGAUGCAGCGAAGCUACAAGACUUGGAGCAGCUGCUGACUCUGGAGCUGAAGGAAUUUUCUGAUGGACAGAUGACCAUAGCACUUACUUCAGUGACCACAUAUAAGGAGGACUGGCAUGGUUAUGUGGAAGGGAUGAAAUCAUUCAGCCAUCGCCAUGGCUAUGAUGGUCUGGUGGUUCUCUUAUCCAUCAAUGAUACAGUUCAUCAUCCACGCCAGCAGAUGGCUGUCUACUCAAACAACACAGAUCUCCUAAACCAGAUCUGCUGUGAGUUGGAAGAGUCUUCCAGCUGGUCUCUUUCUGGUGAACUGGAGGCCAGGGAGAGUCUCCAGGUCUACCACAUUCCUAUAAACACCUGCUUAACUUCUGGUACUUCACCUCUGCUGGCAGAAGAAAUACAGGGCCUCCUCAAGGACUUCGUUGACCGGCGGAGCUCUGUAUUAGCCUGCCACCCCAGCAGUAGGACAUCUUCCACAGAUGGAGUGGCAGGCAGCGUGGAGUUCUCCCAGGGAUCAUCUGGUAUCAAUGACAUGGAUGGCUCUGACAUAGAGAGAGCCGAAGGAGGCAUUGGAGAUGUGGUGCCAAUAGCAAGGGUGAUGGCAGAUGGUGCAGAAGACACAGGAGGUAUAGGAGUUGGUGCUGGUGGGGAGCUUGUGAGCCCUGACAGUGGUUUGACCACCAUCCGCAGCAGCCGCUCCUCCAAGGAGAGUUCAGUGUUCCUCAGUGAUGACAGCCCAGUCGGUGAAGUUAUAGCAGCAGGAGGGCAAGCAGCAGGGCCAGGAGGACUCUUUCUGAGAAACCCCUCUCCCCUGGGAUUGCUAUCCCUCUCCCCACCUGUUCCACCAGAGAGGAGGAAGAACCACUCUGGCAGAAAUAAAAGUGAAAACUUUGACCUGUUUAGUUUUAACCCAGUACAUAGCAGUGACCACUCUACGCCAACAAGAGGGGAGUUGGCAAAUUCUGGAGUAGGAGGAGAUGAAGGAGAAAGAAGAGCGGGGAGCUCUAGCUUAUCAGAACUUGAAGAGCUGAGCUUGCUGGAUUUCUCUGCUCCCAAUUCAUUGGGCGGGCUUGACAGUAGAAAUUCCUCCAUUGACCACCAUGGUCAAAUCCAUGGGAAUGACAUGAUUGACACUGUGGUUCCUCCAACUCCAGUCAACAGCGUGGUAGGUAGCCGCCCAACCAGCAGGUGCGGGGUCAGGUUCUUUCCAGAAGAUGUAGUUGAAAGGAUCAAUGGCCUGCAGCACAAGGACAGUGUAUCAUCGUCAUUGUCAGAGACCUGGGAAGAACUUGGCUUUGACACACAAGGAGCAUUGUCCUCAAAUGACAAUAAUGCCUGGAAUAGUACCAAGGAAUCUGAAAGCCUGCAGAAUAUUGUGGAGGAAGUUAGAGGGAAAGACUCAGUUGAUUAUGUGACAGAACAAGAAAGCAGAGAAGAGAUCUUAAAGUCAGAGAAUGCCCACCAGAAGAGAAAGAGCCUUGAACCCCAGCUUAGUCUGAUCACAGAGCAGACUGAAACAUACGACACCUGGAACCCAGAUCCUGUAUGUAACGAUCAAUGGAACCCUGCCACUUUGGCUUAUCUGCAGUUGACACCACCGGAGGAGGAGGUAACUGGAAAAUGCAGGGCUGAUAUCAUUGGAGUGAAAGAAAAAACAUCCUCAUUGUCGAGAAAGAAAGCAAUCCUAACUUUAACUCCAGACACAUCUAAAGAAGAGGACGAAGGGGUACAAGGGAAAAAAGGAGACAGACAGACAGAGCUCCUAGACUUCUGGACGUACUCAGCUCAGAAGGGAUUUCUCAAAUCGGAUAGCGGGACCACCACGUCUUACCCUGAAUCACUAGAUAUAUGGAAUAUGACAAUCUGGGAUGACAGUCUAUCACCUCUCACGACCCCUGACAACUUGUCUGGAAACUCAGGUUCUUUUUGUGGGGGGAACCCCAAUGUUGAGGCUGGCACAUCUGUGGAAAGUCCACUAGGAUUCUCUGAUGGUGGAAUGGUGAUGUGGAACACCACCAUACAGGAAGACAGCUCUUCCACAAUAACAAGCCCAGAAGGACCUGAAAAUGGAAAGGACCUUAGUCACAUGGGAUCAUUGGAUGCUAGUGAUUCUCCCGAGACACAUGCAUGCAAACAGGUAGAAGAACAAAAAGCUAUAGAGGAGGAGAGAUGUAUGAAUAAAGUACUUUGUCAGACACCUAAAGACCUGGGGGGGGGAGGUUAUGAACACAAUGUGAAAAUAGUCAUAGAGGCAGCAGAAGGUAGAACACAGGGUGAAGAAACAGGUGACGAUGACAUCCAGAGUUUUCAGAGACAACAGUCUGUAUUGCAGAACUUGGCAUCUGAACAUUCAGAAGAUGAGACUUUUCCCUGCCAAGGCACUAACAUGUGUGACCUACCUGUCCCUAGCAUGGUCACCUCUACUUCAGAAUAUGACAAUGUAGGAGCUGGCACUUGGAGCCUGACAUCCUCCCCUGAGACCUAUGCUAGCCCCGUAGUAGACAUGAUACAGCUAGAGCAGCAGUCUAGCCCUUUUGUAGCUGUGACAAAAGCUAUACAGGUAGAUGAGAGGUACAAUCAGUACGAGAAGACUGAUCCUCUGGGAAAGACUGAUUACAGAGCAGUCAUUUCAGACAAAGAACAGCCAACCAACCAGGUGUUCCUAUUUGAGGGAACAAGUGAGUUGGGUCACAUGAUCAGCAGUGAGCAUAAGUAUGACAACAAAAGUGGAGAAGGAUCAGAGGAAGCUGAUUGGCUAGAGCAGCCCAGUGAUCAUUCCCCAUUUGUUCUGGUGGACUGCUCUCUUGUCACUCAGACCACUUCAGCCAAUCAUCAUGCAAGUCCAGGAGAAGCUGCUGAGACACAAAUCCAGGCUGAUCAAUUAUUAUCCCCAAGCAUUUUUGAGUUGGACAAAUUUGUUGCCAAGAAACAUGUUCUGUCAUUUACAAUGGCCCAAAAUAAAGAUGGGUUUACUACUGAAAGCCAAUGUGGCACUGGCAAUAAGAGCAUUGGAAAUGUGGUGGGUAAAACAACAGAAGCCAUGUCUCUAAGCUCCAGCUCUGGGGGGGAUAGAGACACACUAAAGUAUAGCCCCGACAGCCUUCACCCAGGUAGUCAAGACGAACUCAGGUCCAAUUCUGAUGGAGAUUCGUCAUCAGGCCUAGAAAUGGAUUACAUCAUUGUGUCUGGCACAGUAAAAGAAGCUGAGUUUUAUGAUAGGCCUAAACAGGGUAACAGACAAUCAAAAGGUACAAGCAAGUCCAUGGAGACAUUUAGCAUGCUUUCCUAUGCUGCCACAGUACUGCGAACCCAUGCCCAAGCUGCAAAUAGAGAGCAUAAGGAGAACACAGAACAAAGUAGGCAAAAACAAAUGAUCAGAGAUACUGACAGUACACCUAGCAAAGUUGCAGAGCAAAGUCAAGCUGUCUUAUGCGCUCAUUACCAUGCAAGUCUUGAUGAUGCCACUGAGCAUCACAUGCCAGAAAUUGUCAGUCCCAGCCAAUCAAAAAAUAACUCUGAAGCUUUACAUCAGUCAGAUUCAAGACCAACAGGUUGCAGUCAAACACAGGUAGAAGGAAGCUAUGACGAUAAAUCAAGCAUUGUGGCCAGAAGUGUGUCUCCAUCUUUAAGAUAUCCGUCAGAUCACUUCCUGAAAACCAGAGAGGAAGUUUAUGUCCAUUCACAGAUCUCAAUGGAAGAUUCAGAUGAGGGUGGGCAGUCACCCUCGGCACCCCCACCAGACUUUCAAGUCUGGGGGGGUCAGUUAGCGAGACAGGACGCACCACAAACAACAUCUGAACCACAAUCACCUGUACUUACCAACAGUUCAGUCUCCCACACCAGCUCUUUGAUUGGCACCCCAUUAAGUGAAUCUGGUAUUUCUACUGACAGAGGACUUGGAUUACCAUUUUCUGGAGAUUUGAUGGAAGAGGAGAAUGAUGAGGAAGAGCAGGAGGAGGGAACUGAUAAAGAGCACACUACCUUGCCAACAUGGACUUCAGAAGUACAAAGUGCGAGUGAGGAAAAACAACAGUUUGGAUGUUCUGAUCUGCUUAGUUUCACUGAGGAGCUGAUUGGAGGUUCUUCAUUGCAACAAACAGAUUUGCAAUCACUCGAACCAAAGAGGGUCAGAUCCCUACAGAAUACAGUGGAUUACUAUAAUGGACAACCUAUAAGGACUGUUGAUCGUGAUAAUUGGUCGACUGAACAACAGGCGGGAGACCAUGAAUCUUCUCAAGAUAGCUAUUCACGUGUUUCAAGAAGACACCAAGAUGUGACUUCACAGCUUUCCUCCCAGCCAACCAACGACAACGCUGCAUACCAGUGGACAGAAAGUGAGAAUGUAACUCAGGGUCAAACCCAAUAUGGCUACAACUACCACCACAUUGACCAAAGAACUGAAAACCAGAGCGCCCACCCUGCCUGUUUACAUACUAAAUCCAACAGCCAGCAAAACACCACAGAUGACUAUGCUGAGUUUAUAACUCAUGCCACAGCUAUACAGUAUGGAUCUGAGCAGGCUGAGAGCUAUUAUGAACCUGGAGGUAAUGCCGAGUACAGCUUGGAUAAUCAAGGUUCCCAGUUUCAAUAUAUGGCUGAAAGCCAGUAUGGAGAUGACUCCAGCCUCAUGUGCACCUCUGAACUUCAGUGCUCUCAGUAUCAAGCUGAUGGCCAGAGUCAGUAUGAGUCAGACCACGCUCAUUACCAGUUUGACGGACAGCCAGUCUACCAAUCACGUGUACACCCUAAGAGGGAAGAUCAUGCGCGAUAUGUGCCGGAGGGAUAUGUUCACUUUUUUCACUCAAGACAAUCCCAACAGGGAGACGGUGCAGCAGGCAUGAUGGCCUCCAGUGAGGAGGCUGCUGAGGAGAGGGAUAACAGAGAAGAUCCACCCUCCUCUGCGGAUCUGUCAGGUGGGUCCAAUCAAAGGAGAAAGUUGGCAGCUCCACCAAUGAAUGUGUCACUGGACUGCAGUGAGGGGUCUCUUCUCUCAGAAAAUGCCCUGGACACAGAGGACGAGGCCUCGGAUACUGGUGAUGACCUCGAUGUCAACAUAGAUGAGGACACACUUGAUGAGGCUGACUCACUGGAGUUCAACAGACACGAGUCUAAUCUGGGUGCAGGAGCAGCAUCAAGUGAUGCCAUCGCAGGACACAGAUCAGCUGAGGAGAGCAGGGAAAACAGGCUGUGGAGGAGCGUGAUGAUUGGAGAGCAGGAGCAUCGCAUUGAUAUGAAGUGCAUUGAGCCAUACAAAAGAGUAAUUUCUCAUGGAGGUUAUUACGCCGAACAGAAUGCCAUCAUCGUGUUUGCAGCAUGCUUCCUACCGGACAGCGACUGUGACAAUUACAAUUAUGUAAUGGAAAACCUUUUUCUGUAUGUUAUAAGUACCUUGGAACUAAUGGUGGCAGAAGAUUACAUGAUCGUUUACCUGAAUGGCGCCACACCUCGCAGGAGGAUGCCCGGCUUUACCUGGAUGAAAAAGUGCUACCAAAUGAUAGACAGAAGACUGAAGAAAAACCUUAAGAUGUUCAUCAUUGUCCAUCCUUCCUGGUUUAUACGGACUUUGCUGGGAAUCACCAGACCCUUUAUAAGCUCCAAGUUCAGCAGUAAGAUCAAGUAUGUGAACAGUCUGCAGGAGCUUGGGGAAAUCAUCCCAAUGGAGUUUGUCCACAUUCCACCCAGCAUUGUAAAGUAUGACGAGGAGAGGGGUAUACACAAAUUUGCAUGCAUGAGACUGGAUACAGAAUUGCAAGACACAGCAGCUAAAGCCGACAAGAAGGGGAACUCUUUUGUUUGACAGUUACACGAUACCUGGCUGCUGCCUAUCUUCUCCCUGCAUUAUGCUGUACUUUACCGCAGCAUAAUAUCUGAAUAUAAGCCAGCCUGCAGCAUGAUGUGUAUGGCACAUAGUUGUUGCAAUGGGUUAGAAAGAGAGAAGCUGUGGUAAUAAAACAUCAGUCCUUUGCUUGUUCUUUGAGGAAAGUACAAAUCCGAGAGUGCUGCUGAACAUGUACAGGUCAGAGACUCGCUGUGCUGAAGGGAAGAUGCUUUAUCCUGUAUUACUGUACCUUACACAGCACUUAAUUGUGUACCCCAUUCUAGCUUUUGUUUUCUUUGACAAAUCUUUUAAUUUGAACAAUACUUUGAUAAUUAUGUAAUUCA